GGUCUGCUCGGGUCUUCUGAGGACACAGAGACACGAAAUCUCCUUGUCUGAGAGGACGGUGGCAAGGACAGCUCCAGCUGGACAGGGCACAGACCGCUGCCUGGAAAGCCAGGACCGCAUCCCACCACUGCCUGGCCUCCUGCCAUGGAGCCGAACCACACGGCCCCGUCUCCUACACCACCCACGCCAACGCCCGAUGGAGAAGACGCGUGCGAGAUCGAUGUCCCCGACGUGGCCGUGGAUGGCGCCACACUGCUCAUCUGCCUCUGCGGGCUGGUGGGCAAUGGGGCUGUCCUCUGGCUUCUCGGCUGCCGCAUCCGCAGGAACCCCAUCACCGUCUACGUCCUCAACCUGGCCGUCGCUGACUUCACCUUCCUCCUCUUCAUGCUCACCUCCGCGCUCCUCUACAUUCUGGACAACCUCUCCUGCAGCACCUUCCCUGUCUUCACGUACCUCAGGUCGUUCCUCCUGCCCCUGCUGCUCACCCACAACAUGGGCAUGUACCUCCUCACAGCCAUCAGCAUCGAGAGGUGCGUGUCUGUCCUGUGCCCGCUCUGGUACCGCUGCCACCGCCCCCAGCACCUGUCGGCCGUGGUGUGUGCCCUGCUCUGGGCCCUCUCCAUCACUGUAAUUGCUGCAGUAGCUUUCCUGUGCCUGUCACACCAGCACGAGCACUGCCAUCUGGCCCUCAUCUUCAUGUACGCCCUCAACUUCCUUAUUUUUGCCCCACCCAUGGUCAUUUCCAAUGUGAUCCUGUUCAUUAAGGUCCAGUGCGGCUCCCAGCGGCGCCAGCCCAGGAGGCUCUACAUCGUUAUCUUCCUCACCGUCCUCUUCUUCCUCCUUUUCAUGGUUCCCUUCAGCAUCUGGAAUUUCCUGCAGCAUGUCAGUUACAUGCUGGGGAAGUCCCAGGUUGUUUUCCUGCUUGGCUGUAUCAACAGCAGCAUCAACCCUUUCAUCUACUUCCUGGUGGGGAGCUGCUGGAGGCGCUGCUCCUUGGUGUCCCUCCAGGUCGCCUUCCGGAGGGUCUUCGAGGAGACAGGCGUCACUGUGAUCUCCAGCUGA